CACAAAGUACCACGAAGAAGCACCGGAAAAAAAGUAAUAUUAACGGAAGCGGAUGGUUUCAAAAUGGCGCUAGACGGAAUGGACCAUAUGGAUGUAGAGGAUAGCAAAGGAGGCACCGGUCUCCGCCAAUACUACCUCUCUAAAAUAGAGGAGUUACAGCUCACAGUGAACGAUAAAAGUCAGAAUCUCAGGCGUCUGCAAGCACAGAGGAAUGAGCUCAACGCCAAAGUGCGCCUCCUGAGAGAGGAGCUACAGCUCCUGCAGGAGCAGGGCUCGUACGUGGGGGAGGUGGUGAGGGCCAUGGACAAGAAGAAGGUGCUGGUCAAGGUUCACCCCGAGGGAAAGUUUGUGGUGGACGUGGACAAGAACAUUGAUAUCAAUGAUGUGACUCCCAACUGCCGCGUGGCGCUGCGGAACGACAGCUACACCCUGCACAAGAUCCUGCCCAACAAGGUGGACCCACUGGUCUCCCUGAUGAUGGUGGAGAAAGUUCCGGACUCCACCUAUGAGAUGAUCGGUGGCCUGGACAAGCAGAUCAAGGAGAUUAAGGAAGUGAUCGAGCUGCCGGUGAAACACCCGGAGCUGUUUGAGGCUUUGGGCAUCGCACAGCCAAAGGGUGUGUUGCUGUAUGGCCCCCCUGGUACUGGGAAGACCCUGCUGGCCAGAGCUGUGGCUCACCACACAGACUGCACCUUCAUCAGGGUGUCUGGCUCUGAGCUCGUGCAGAAGUUCAUCGGGGAGGGGGCGCGUAUGGUGCGCGAGCUCUUCGUCAUGGCCCGAGAGCACGCUCCCUCCAUCAUCUUCAUGGACGAGAUCGACUCGAUUGGCUCGUCGCGUCUGGAGGGGGGCUCCGGGGGGGACAGCGAGGUGCAGAGGACCAUGCUGGAGCUCCUCAACCAGCUGGACGGCUUUGAGGCCACCAAGAACAUCAAGGUCAUCAUGGCAACCAACCGUAUAGACAUCCUGGAUUCAGCGCUGCUUCGGCCUGGCCGCAUUGACAGGAAGAUCGAGUUCCCCCCUCCCAAUGAAGAGGCUCGCCUGGACAUCCUGAAGAUCCACUCUCGUAAGAUGAACUUGACCCGAGGCAUCAACCUGCGCAAGAUCGCUGAGCUCAUGCCAGGAGCCUCAGGGGCCGAGGUUAAGGGGGUGUGCACAGAGGCGGGCAUGUACGCGCUGAGGGAGAGGAGGGUCCACGUCACCCAGGAGGACUUCGAAAUGGCGGUGGCUAAGGUCAUGCAAAAGGACAGUGAGAAGAACAUGUCUAUCAAGAAGCUGUGGAAGUGAUCGCCUCCAGCCCCUCCAUGCUCAAAGCCCUGCAGUUACAUUACAUGUAUAUUUUUCCUUUGUGUCUUCUUAGGUUUGAUUUAUAAUUGUUACCUAAAUUCUAAAUAAAACGAAACACCUGA